GACGUUGUUUGAUAAUCAGAACAAUGUAUCGAAAAAAGAAGAAAGUGAAAACAUCAGUAACAACAAAAAUGAUUCUUCUAAGAAAAUGUCUGUGGAGAGAGUCUACCAGAAGAAGACUCAGCUUGAGCAUAUCCUCCUCCGACCUGAUACAUACAUUGGAUCUGUGGAGCCUGUCACUCAGUCAAUGUGGGUUUAUGAUGAGGACAUUGGAAUGAAUUGCCGCGAUAUAACUUAUGUACCAGGAUUGUAUAAAAUAUUUGAUGAGAUUCUUGUCAACGCAGCUGACAAUAAGCAAAGAGAUAAAAAUAUGAACUGCAUAAAAAUCUCUAUUGAUCCUGACUCCAACAUCAUCAGCAUUUGGAACAAUGGUAAAGGUAUCCCAGUAGUAGAACACAAGGUGGAAAAGGUCUAUGUCCCAGCUCUGAUCUUUGGCCAGCUAUUGACCUCGAGUAACUAUGACGACGAAGAGAAAAAAGUUACAGGUGGUCGUAAUGGCUACGGUGCUAAACUUUGCAAUAUAUUCAGUACAAAAUUUACAGUGGAAACUGCCUGCAAGGAAUACAAACACAGCUUUAAACAGACCUGGAUGAAUAAUAUGCUAAAAACUUCAGACCCGAAGAUCAAAUAUUUUGAUGGCGAUGACUACACAUGCAUUACAUUCCAACCUGAUUUGGCUAAAUUUAAAAUGGAGAGUUUAGACAAGGAUACUAUGGCCCUGUUAACAAGGAGAGCUUAUGAUAUAGCAGGUUCUUGCAAAGGUGUGAAAGUCAUGCUCAAUGGAAAAAAACUUCCAGUGAAUGGAUUCCGCAGUUACGUAGAUCUAUACGUAAAGGAGAAACUAGAUGAAACUGGUGUUGCACUGAAAGUAAUCCAUGAGGUUGCAAAUGAACGAUGGGAUGUUUGUCUCACACUGAGUGAGAAAGGCUUCCAACAAAUCAGUUUUGUAAAUAGUAUAGCUACCACAAAGGGUGGUAGACAUGUAGAUUAUGUAGUGGAUCAAAUAGUCUCUAAACUUAUUGAGGUUGUGAAGAAAAAGAACAAAGCUGGAGUUUCUGUGAAGCCAUUUCAGGUGAAAAAUCAUGUAUGGGUUUUUAUCAAUUGUUUGAUUGAGAAUGCCACAUUUGACUCUCAGACAAAAGAAAAUAUGACCCUCCAAGCAAAGAGUUUUGGGUCCAAGUGCCCGCUAUCUGAAAAAUUUGCAAAAGCGGCUUCCAACUGUGGAAUUGUGGAAAGUAUUCUAAACUGGGUGAAAUUCAAGGCUCAGACCCAGCUCAACAAGAAGUGUUCGUCUGUGAAACACAGCAAAAUUAAAGGCAUUCCCAAACUGGAUGACGCCAAUGAUGCUGGUGGUAAACAUUCCCUGGACUGCACUCUGAUUCUGACAGAAGGAGACUCAGCCAAAUCUUUGGCUGUAUCAGGUUUAGGUGUCAUAGGACGAGACCGAUAUGGUGUGUUCCCUCUGAGAGGAAAAAUCCUCAAUGUACGAGAAGCAUCACACAAGCAGAUCAUGGAAAAUGCAGAAAUCAACAACAUCAUUAAAAUUGUUGGAUUGCAAUACAAGAAGAGCUACGAUGAUCAAGAAUCCCUCAAGUCUUUACGUUAUGGAAAAAUCAUGAUCAUGACUGAUCAGGAUCAAGAUGGUUCCCAUAUUAAAGGAUUACUCAUUAACUUUUUCCAUCACAAUUGGCCAUCCCUGCUGAAGCACAGCUUUCUUGAGGAAUUCAUUACACCAAUUGUUAAGGCAACAAAAAAUAAGCAGGAGCUGUCAUUCUACAGUAUUCCUGAGUUUGAAGAAUGGAGAAAACAAAUGGAAAACCAUAAAUUAUGGAAGAUAAAGUACUACAAAGGUUUGGGUACCAGCACUGCAAAGGAAGCCAAGGAAUAUUUUGCAGACAUGGACCGCCACCGUAUUAUGUUUCGCUAUGCUGGUCCAGAAGACGAUGCAGCUAUUACUUUGGCUUUCAGCAAAAAGAAGAUUGAUGACAGGAAAGAAUGGCUCACAAACUUUAUGGAAGACAGGCGACAACGCCGAUUACAUGGAUUACCUGAGCAAUACUUGUAUGGUACAGCCACAAAGCACUUGACAUUCAAUGACUUCAUCAACAAGGAACUCAUCUUGUUCUCAAACUCUGAUAAUGAACGGUCGAUUCCAUCUCUUGUUGAUGGAUUUAAACCAGGACAAAGAAAAGUAUUGUUCACCUGUUUCAAAAGAAAUGAUAAGCGGGAAGUGAAAGUUGCUCAGCUGGCUGGUUCAGUUGCUGAAAUGUCUGCCUAUCAUCAUGGAGAGCAAGCUCUGAUGAUGACCAUUGUAAACUUGGCACAGAACUUUGUAGGAAGUAACAAUGUGAACUUGCUGCAGCCCAUUGGUCAGUUUGGUACACGGCUACAUGGUGGAAAGGAUGCUGCCAGUCCUCGUUACAUCUUUACAAUGUUAAGCCCUCUGGCUAGAUUGCUCUUUCCAAGUAUGGAUGAUAACUUACUCAAGUUCCUGUAUGAUGAUAACCAGCGAGUGGAGCCUGAGUGGUACAUGCCAAUUAUUCCUAUAGUAUUGAUUAAUGGUGCCGAAGGCAUUGGUACUGGAUGGGCCUGUAAACUUCCCAAUUAUGACACCAGGGAAAUAGUGAACAAUGUCAAGAGGAUGCUGGAUGGCCUUGAUCCUUACCCCAUGCUUCCAAAUUACAAGAAUUUUAAAGGUACUCUUCAGGAAAUAGGCCAGAACCAGUACGCUGUGAGCGGGGAGAUCUUUGUGCUUGACCGAAACACUAUUGAAAUCACCGAGCUCCCAGUCAGGACGUGGACUCAGGUGUACAAAGAACAAGUUUUGGAGCCUAUGCUUAAUGGGACAGAGAAAAAUCCCGCUCUAAUUAAUGAUUAUAAGGAGUACCACACUGAUACAACUGUGAAAUUUGUUGUGAAAAUGACAGAAGAAAAGCUAGCUCAGGCAGAAGCUGCUGGAUUACACAAAGUGUUUAAACUUCAGGCUAGCCUUACAUGCAAUUCUAUGGUACUGUUUGACCACAUGGGCUGUCUGAAGAAAUAUGAGACUGUACAAGACAUUCUGAAGGAAUUCUUUGAUCUUAGAUUACAUUACUAUGGUCUGCGCAAAGAUUGGUUAAUUGGAAUGCUGGGAGCUGAGUCUGCCAGACUCAACAAUCAAGCUAGGUUUAUUCUUGAGAAGAUCCAAGGAAAAAUCACAAUAGAAAACAAAUCAAAACGAGAACUCGUUCAGAUGUUGGUGCAGAAGGGUUUUGAAUCCGAUCCGGUUAAGGCUUGGAAGGAAGCACAGGAAAAGGCUACAGAGGAGGAUGAUCUUCAGGAUUUAAAUGACAGUAGUUCCACAAACUCCGGCUCUGCAUCAGGGCCUGAUUUUAACUAUAUUCUCAAUAUGUCUCUCUGGAGCCUGUCCAAGGAGAAGGUGGAUGAGCUCAUUAAACAGAGGGACGCAAAGGGAAAGGAACUGAAUGACUUGAAGAAAAAAUCUGCAUCAGACCUGUGGAAGGAGGACUUGGCAGCUUUCGUCGAAGAGCUUGAUAGAGUGGAAGCACAGGAAAAGGAGGACAUCGCAGCUGGUUUUGCAAGCAAAGCAGUAAAAGGCAAAAUAGGGAAACCAAAAAUGAAGAGGCUGCAGCUCGAAGAGACCUUGCCUUCAAUGUAUGGCAGAAGGAUCGAGCCCCAGAUUACGGCAAUGAAGGCUGAUGUCAGUAAAAAGAUGCUCAAGAAGAAGAAGGGAGAAAUGGAUUCUUUAGCGAUAAAAAUGGAGUUUGAUGAUGAGUUUGGCUCUACUCCAGCAGAGGGCGGUGAAGACUCUCAGACAACUACUACUCCAGUGAAGCCAGUAAAGCCCAAGCGAGAGAGGAAAGAGAGAGAAUCCGGCGCUCGAGCCAAAAAGAACUCUCUUACUCCAAAAACCCCUGUUAAGAAAGGAAAAAAGAGGAACCCCUGGUCAGAGGAUGAGUCCAAGUCAGACAGUGAUUUGGAAGAGGCUGAUGUAACAGAAGCUGUGGUUAUUCCCCGGGAUUCCUCAUUAAGAAGGGCAGCUGCUGAAAGACCCAAGUACACUUUUGACUUCUCAGAAGAGGAAGAAGCAGAAGACGACGAUGAAGCUCCUGUUACCAACAAUGAGUUGGAUGACUUCAAGCCCCCAUCAUCCCCGGUUCCAAAUAAUAGAAAUGAUGAUGAAGUGCAUUCUGACAGCCCAGAGAAGGAUGAAUAUGAUUUCUCUUCUUUCAAAUCUUCCACGGAGUAUGUAUCUUCCAUCAUUAAGAUUCUUAACCUCCCCUCCCUUUUUUUUUUUUUUUUUCCUUUGUUAGAGGAUAGCUCUAAGUUUAAUAGUGAUGGUGAUGAAGAUGAUGAUGAUGAUGACGAUGAUGAACCUUUCUCCUCAACGUACAGCUUCAAAUCUACUGAUAAAACACCCAGCAAACCUUCAGUUAGGAAAGCAGCAAAAACCUCCUCAGAUGGAACGCCAAAACAAAAAAGACCUCCAAAGCCAAAGAAGUCUGAUGUUUUUGUGAAUUCAGAUUCUGAUUUGGAGUUAAGCUCCCCAAAGAAAUCUACAACUCCCAAAGCAAAAGGAAGGGGGAAGAAAAGGAAAACAUCAGAUUCAGAGAAUGAAGGAGACUACAAUCCUGGGAAGAAAUCCACAUCCAGCAAAAAAUCAAAGAAAGCAACCACAUUUGACAAUGAUUCAGACGUGGACAUUUUCCCAUCAGAAACCGGCAAUGAAAGUGCGACAAGGCAGCGGCCUGGCCGGGCCAGGAAAGAAGUGAAAUAUUUUGCAGAAUCUGAAGAUGAAGAUGAUUUUGCUAUGUUUUAG